AUGGCGGACACUGACACAGCAGAUAAGCAAUCAACAAAGUAUGCACUAAAAGAUCUGUGGGAUGAAUUCUGUCACUCUACAGGCAUACAUGCAGUGGACAAGAUUAAAGCCUCUUCGGUCAAGCCAUUUAGCAUUCGUGGGCUCCUGUGGGUGUUAGCUAUCUGUUCAACUACUGCGUUUCUCAUCUACAACCUUAUAGAUGAGCUCGAGCGCUAUUACAGUUAUCCCAGCGUCACCAAGGUAACAGCCAAAAUGACGCAUUUCGUCGAGUUUCCCGCCGUCACCAUCUGCAACCGAUGCACCCUUAACAGGACUCGUCUGGAUGUUUACCCUGAGGUGGAAAACUAUUUCUUCAAUAUUUCUCAAGAACUGAAAAGAAAUAUUUCAUUUUCUGAACCAACUGCAGAUUGGUUUCACAAACCAUUGUCGUUAGAAUGGUGGAGGAAUGUUUCCAUGGAAGGAGCCAAAAUGCUGGUGUCAUGUUCCUAUGGUGAUGUAGAUUUUGACUGCAUGAGCAGGUUCCGACCUGUUUUUACCACUAACGGAUUGUGCCAUAGCUUCAACUACAAUGACCCUGAAAUUGUCAAAGCCUGGACGGCAGGCGAAGAUGCUAACCUCGUCCUCAAUUUCAACAUCAACCAGAAGGACUACACAUACAGGACUAACAUGGCUGCGGGGAUCAAGGUUCUGCUGCACAAUCCUCGACUACACCCAGACGCUAGCUCCACCAUCGUCAUGGCCUCGCCCGGAUUCUCAACAUAUGUUGCCUUGCAAAAAGAGGAGUUUCUGUUCCUGCCCCGCCCCUACAAGGCAUUUGGUAGUCAGGAAUGUAUAGACACAGCUAAACCCAAGUUUGUGAAUCCUCUCAAGUACUACUCCCCUUCUCCUACGACCAUUGCUUCAUGGAGUGUGUCCGGGUCAAGGCCUUCAAUGAGUGUGGGUGUGUCGGCCCAUCAGAUCCACGGCAGAGAUGCCUAG